UGAUCUCAACGCAAAUCUGCCCGAGUUCUCUUGCGAGACAGCUGGCAGGUUUUGCUAUUUCCCAAUCGUUUACUCGCCGGGCUCUCGGGUGCACGCGCCUCGGGGCUGCGCCCUGCACGCUCAAACUUCAUUCAGAGGCAGGGCCGGGCGGCCCACGAGAGAGCACGUAGCGACUCCGAAGAUCAGCCCCAAUGAACAUGUCAGUGUUGACUUUACAAGAAUAUGAAUUCGAAAAGCAGUUCAACGAGAACGAAGCCAUUCAAUGGAUGCAGGAGAACUGGAAGAAAUCUUUCCUGUUUUCUGCUCUGUACGCUGCCUUUAUAUUUGGUGGUCGGCACCUAAUGAGCAAACGGGCCAAGUUUGAGCUGAGGAAACCAUUAGUGCUCUGGUCUCUGACCCUCGCAGUCUUCAGUAUAUUCGGUGCUCUUCGAACUGGUGCUUAUAUGGUGUACAUGUUGAUGACCAAAGGCCUGAAGCAGUCCGUUUGUGACCAGAGUUUUUACAAUGGACCUGUCAGCAAAUUCUGGGCGUAUGCAUUUGUGCUAAGCAAAGCACCCGAACUAGGAGAUACAAUAUUCAUUAUUCUGAGGAAGCAGAAGCUGAUCUUCCUGCACUGGUACCACCACAUCACUGUGCUCCUGUACUCUUGGUACUCCUACAAAGACAUGAUUGCCGGGGGAGGUUGGUUCAUGACUAUGAACUAUGGCGUGCACGCCGUGAUGUACUCUUACUAUGCCUUGCGGGCGGCAGGUUUCCGCGUCUCCCGGAAGUUUGCCAUGUUCAUCACCUUGUCCCAGAUCACACAGAUGCUGAUGGGCUGUGUCAUUAACUACCUGGUCUUCUACUGGAUGCAGCAUGACCAGUGUCACUCUCACUUUCAGAACAUCUUCUGGUCCUCACUCAUGUACCUCAGCUACCUUGUGCUCUUCUGCCAUUUCUUCUUUGAGGCCUACAUCGGCAAAAUGAGGAAAACAACGAAGGCUGAAUAGUGUGGAACUGAGGAGGAAGCCAUAGCUCAGGGUCAUCAAGAAAAACAAUAGACAAAAGAAAAUGGCACAAGGAAUCACAUAUGGUGCAGCUAAAACAAAACAAAACACACGAGCAAACACAAAACCCAAGGCAGCUUAGGGAUAAUUAGGCUGACUUAACCCAGUAAGUUUAUGAUCCUUUUAGGGUGAGGACUCACUGAGUGCAUCUCCAUCUCCAAGCACAGCUGCUGGGAGACUCCAUUCCCUCUUUAUCUGUCAACUCUAGGACAAAGGAGAACAGAAGUGAGCCGAAGGCAGAGACUAACAGAAGGCAGACAAAGGAUGUUAAUACUAGAUGAAAAAGUGAAUUUACUAAGUGUUCUAUUUCUCUAAGGAUGAAAGAAUUUUACUUUAAAAACCGUGCAAGCACGCACAGACACACACACACACACACACGCAGUCCUUUCUAAUCUUUAUUGACUCUAAACUCAAGCCAAUAGAAAAGAUAGAAUGCAAGAGACACAGGGUGUAUCUAAGAACAACAACGCUUUUGCAGAAAUGAAAGCCUUUUAAAGAAAGGUUUGCUGUUGUAGCCCCUAUGAGAAAAGAUGUCGUGAUCAUCCUUGUGAAAACAGACGUGAGCCACUAUAUUUCUUCACCUAAGAGAAGACCGCUGGCCACUCAUAGCCUCGGGCUUAGUGAGUCUGUCCAAACCAAAGGGGGCGCAGUCCUUUCCCACGGCUCCUCCUGGGAGGAUGGAAACUGGUCCCACAGGGGCGGCCCCACCCCAGAGCAUUCCUGAUCGUUGAACUGUAAGUUCUACUCCUAAAUGAGAUAGGAAGCAUUGUCCUUGUGUUCAGUUGCCCUAGGCUUUUGGACAGAAGAGUAAAUGCAGAAUCAGAACGAUAAAAACUCAACCAAAUGAUUUGGUAAUGGGUUUUGUACUACCUGUAAAAAGGCCCGGCCCAGUACCACUGUCAGCGGGAAGAGAGGUGGGUGAGCUGGAGAUCAAUUCCAUAGCCGAUAGGUACACUCCCUCUAUAUUGGACUUCACACACACUCAUGACUUUCCUGUAGCACAGUGCAUAUUUUCUAUAUUUUUGUGAAUUUCAAAAAAAGAAACCUGCAGGGCUCUUCCUGAUCCUGGAUGAACACUGUGUUUCUACAUCAUCUGCAUUUGCUCCCCAAGCAAUGUAGAGGUGUAUAAAGUGCCCUCUGCUGGCUGAGUGAAGAUACUUCAACAAACACACUUCAUGGCAAGUUUGGCUGAAAACAGUUGAGGAAAAAGGUCCCCUCCCCCCAAAUAGAUACUCAUCCUUUACAUUUUAAAUGAUAUAAAAUCCUUGUCAUAUUUUUGGCUAAAUCAGAAGAUAUCCAUCCUGCUUCAAGUCAUCUUCAGAAAUUUUUUAAAAGGGACAUUCGCUCUGGAACUAAAAAUAAAUUUAUCAAGAGCCAUAUUCUUAAAAAAAAAAAAAAGAAAAAGAAAGAAAGCUAGGUUAUAUUAACUGUAAUAUUUCAGUCCUUUACAAGCCAAAUAAAUGUGUCAAUGUUCCUAGUAUUUCAAAGAAGCAAUUAUGUAAAGUUGUUCAAUGUGACAUAAUAGUGUUAUAAUUGGUUAAGUAACUUAAUGAUUAGGCAUAUAGAUGAACAGAUUAGGGGCUACUUCCAUCACAUAGAUUAUACGCACGUCACCACACAUACAUGCACACAGAUGUGGGGUACACUGAACUUCAAAGCCCAAAUGAAUAGAAACACAUUUUCUGGCUAGCAGAAAAAAAGAAAGUGUUGUUUAUCUUUCUUGCUUUAUUUGAGAGUGUACAGUAAAAGGGAUUUUUCAAAUUAUUUUUAUAUUAUUUUAGCUUUAAUCGUGCUGUCAUUUAUGAAACAGAGCUGCUCUACUCUUCUGUCAGAAAUGGCAAGAGCUUUUUCAGCAUCUUGUUUAUGUGUGGAGUUUAAAAAGAAUAAAGUUUUAUUCCAUUCUGUGUGAA